GACCUCAUAGUCUCGCCUUCUACUUCAACAGGGCAUAUAGAUGGGUAUAUGGGUCCAGAAGACGAUGAACAUCAACAAAGAAACCUCCAAGAGAUAUUCGAGAAGCGCAGACGGAGACGAGAAUCUCACAACGCGGUUGAGCGUAGAAGACGCGACAAUAUCAAUGAACGGAUACAAGAGCUGUCCACCCUUCUUCCUGAACACCUUUUAGAAUCUGCACCAACAAGUUCGAAUGUCAUGUCUACGGUUAACUCACAAUCUGGCGCCAACGGAAAGGCAAUAAACAAGGGUACAAUCCUCAAAUUGUCUGUUGAUCAUAUCAAGGAUCUCCGUGAUGAAGUUUCCAUGUACAAAUCCCGCAUUCAAGAACUUGAACAGCUCAUAGAGGCUGCUAAACACGGUGAUUUUGGCCAGGAUUCCCAGUCAGCUAUGCACAAAAGUCAGUCUUCUGCAAGUCAUGUUUCUUAUCCAGACAACCAAGACUUCUACUCCCAGGCACGGAGGAACAAUCAAGUCAAGGAAGAGGUAAACCCGGAUGGUUUUGGACAGCAAAAUAGCCAAAACCCUCAACCAGUUCGGUUGGUAGAGUCGAACAACCGCUCACGCCAUGAACGUAUGGGAUCCUUACAAUUUCAACAGAAAUUUGGUAAUAUGAACAUUGGAAAUCCCAAAGACAUCAACCAUUUAUGAGCUCUCGCAAACAAGGCUACCUAUUCAUAUAUUUAACUACCAGAACUAUCUAUAUAUCUAUCUAUCUAUUUAUCUAACUGUCUACCUAACUAUCUAACUAUCACCAUUUAUUACAUUUUUGCUAUUGUUUUUGUCCUUAUUCACAUUUUUUCUUCCCUUUGAUCUAUAUCUAUACACACACAUACACCUUUUA